AUGCGGCAGUUCAAUUACUUGGCUAGUUAUCGAUUAGAUUCAGACUUUCCGUGUCCGAGAUUUUUGAAGCCAAGUUUAGAACCGCCGCUGCCGUUUUUUAAAAAAACAGGAUUGGUAAUCGUGGCACUGAGUCACUGUGAACCUGUACGAACGCGUUAUGUUGUUGAACUUAUGAACUACAUAGAUGUAGAUUCAUAUGGUGCUUGUUUGAAAAAUCAACAAUGGUUUGUAAAGAGGGAAAUGAGUCAUGGAGAAAAUUCCGUUAUGGAAAUGCAAAGGAAUUAUAAAUUUAGUUUGGUUUUCCCAAACGCAGACUGCGACUAUUAUAUGACUGAAAAAAUAUACAGUGCACUUUCAGCUGGAAGCGUACCUGUUUGGUUAGGAACGGAUAAAAUUGACGAGGUUCUUAAGUGGGGUAAUUUGAAUAAAUCCGUGAUUAAGGUAAAGGACUUUACUUCACCAAAAGCAUUAGCGGAAUAUCUGCUAAGACUGUCACAGGACGAGAAGGAGUACAAUAAAUAUUUAAAAUGGAAGUACGAGGGUUUUCAAUUCCCAAAAGAGUAUUAUACCUCGCCAAUAGGGCAGUGGUGGGACGGACUACCGCUGUACUGUAGGAUAUGCAUGAAGAUUGCGCAGGAUCCACAAGGACAUAAUGGAUUGCCAGUUGAUAAAUGUGAUGGACAGCAAAAGCGAACGCUGGAAAAGUGGAUGAAUAAUACAGAAUUGAAAAAUUUGAGAUAA